GUUUAUUUUAAAAAGAAGAGAGAAGAAGGUAAAGGAGAAUGGCAACACAGGUACAGAGAGUAAAGAAUUCUGGUGUUAUCAAGUUUAAUGGGUGUGAAAUGGAUGAUAAGGAAGAAGAAAUGUCAAGAUCUGCAUUAGCAAUGUUUCGAGCCAAAGAAGAAGAGAUUGAGAAGAAGAAGAUUGAGAUCCGAGACAAGGUUGAGGCUCAGCUUGGACGUGUUGAAGAAGCUUCUAGACGAUUAGCCGAGAUUCGAGAAGAACUUGAGAGUCUUAUGGAUCCAAUGGGAAGAGAAGUUUCAAUUCUACGGAAAAGGAUAGAUAGUCUUAAACGAGAAUUGAAACCAUUGGGACAGACCUGCCAGAAAAAGGAGAGAGAAUACAAAGAGGCCCUUGAAGCUUUGAAUGAGAAGAACAAAGAAAAAGCUCAACUUGUUGGCAAAUUAAUGGAGCUGGUGGGUGAAAGUGAGAAAUUGAGAAUGAAGAAGCUGGAAGAGCUGAGCAGAAACAUUGAAACUCUAAAUUAACUUUUCAAACAAUAUGGGUUUUGCCUGUAAUAUUUCACUGAUUUGCUGAUUGAUUUCUCCAAACACUUUGUUUGUGAGUUCUGCUGGUGAUCUCUCCAAUUAGGAGAGAAUGUUCUAUUUACUCAGAUUAACUUCUUCUACCCAGAAAGUAAGCCUUUGUAUAUUGACUUGAAUUAAAAAUUCACUCCUAUUACUUU